CACUGUCAUCUCUCGGCGGCGGGAACCGACGCGCGCUUUAUUGAUCACAGACACAGCAGCCAAAGACCUAUUCUCUGCUUUUACAAGUUUGAAUUCAGGCGUAAUGUCAACGAGAUUUGGAAGUAAUUAUUGCUUGGACGAUGCCGAAGAAUCGCCCCCUUUACGUCGGCGACAUACGUUUUCAAUAUUCUCAACAUCUGACGAGAAAUCUACAUGCCAGCGAAAGCUUUCAAAGAAGAUAUCAGGAGAUGAGCAUUGGAGGAAAAUUCAUACAACAAAUGAAACGCCUGUUAUUUUUCAUUCAAGACCUCAUCGUCUUUCAUUCCGACGAUCCUUAAAACGCUUAAAAAUUCCAUUUCGAAAAACUCGAUUAAAGGAAGAAACCAAGCAAGUUCAGAAAUCCCGUACAUCUUUAUUUCGUCGGUUUUACAUAUGGGUUCAUUCCAAAUGCCGUAUAGAAAAUAGACACAAAAGUCGUAUUGAUGAAAAUUGUGCAAAUCUUCAUCGACAUGUUACCAGGACGAUUGCAGUUGAUACGCUAUCCCACGAGGAAAAUAAUCGUACUCACUGCUAUCGUUAUGAAGAAACAAUCCACUUAGAUCCCGUUGGGAAUGAUGUGAAUUAUGUGUAUAUAUGUAAUAAAUCACCAGAAAAUGCUUCAUUACACUCAAAGAAUGAAUCGGGUGAUUUAUCCCCCAUACGACCGGCUCCUUCAAAUACACUUCAUGUAUCAGCAAUACAUGUGCGAGUAAAAGACGUUUCUCCAGAAAGACAACCAUUGGGGGCUACUUCCAGCUGUCCCCCAAGGAAAAGCAGUGGUGUUGGUUGUUUAAAUAUCAACUUUUAUGGAACAUGGCCACUAACGAGAAGAAAAUUAGAUGAGAAAGAGGAAGAGUGCGAUCCUUCGUUCGAGAAACUCAUUAUUGACGCAAGAUCUGAGAAGCAUGAUCGCCUGGAGGAUUUUUCCAUCGCCCAUAAAGACUUGGAGUUUGGUGAUUGUCUACGCGUGGGAAGACACCGAACCAUAUACAGAGGGCGUUGGCAUGGAGACGUUAACAUUCACAAUUUUCAUGCUGUAUUCGAAGCUGAUGACUUCUGGAAUAAAGUCAGAAAGUUGUGCCGUAUACGUCAUGAAAAUUUGGUGCUUUUUAUGGGAGCAUGUUUAGAAGAAUGUAAUUUAGCAAUAAUUCUGAGUUGUCAAGGCGGAGUUUCCAUGUAUGAACACAUCCACAUACAACGGGAAAAAAUCUCACCGAUCUCAAAGUUACAAUACAUCCGUCAGGUGUCAUAUGGCAUGGGAUACCUACAUUCCAGAGAAAUAGUUCACAAACGAUUAACAACCCGAAAUAUUUUCUUGUGUCCUAAUGUCAGAAUCAGCGUCGUCGAUUAUGGGUUGGCUGAAGUGAAGUAUGACAGACCUGGAUAUGCCUGCUUGCCACGUGGUGAUUUGAUGUACAUUGCACCAGAAGUGCUAUGUUCAAUGUGUGUUGUCCCUCCAAUGCUUGUUUCAAGUGCACCCUACACAUUUGAGACAGAUGUGUUUGCUUAUGGAACUGUUGUCUACGAGUUGUUGACAGGCCAUUGUCCAUAUCAAGGAAAAGCUCCCGAGUUUAUUAUAUGGCAAACUUGCAAGGACAAGAAACGAGGAAUUCCAAACAAGUCUGGCAUGAAAAUUCUUGAGACCCUUUUAAGCAAGUGUUGGGCACACGAUCCAGAAAAACGACCUAGUUUUCAAGACAUAAGCAAAACAUUGUAUAGAAACGCAAAUCUACACAAGCAACACAGUGUCUCAGAACCUGACAUAUCAGUGCGCUCUGGAAAAAACAUCCUUGAUGGAUUUUUGAAAUGAAGAGAUAUGACCUUGAACAAUAUCUUUGUUAUAUGAACACGCGGCCAUUUAUUACUGUUACAUGUUAUUUUGUUUCAUUGCUUAAUUUGAGUAAGUUUCUUUUGUCCAUCAAGUGUAUUGCUAUAAUUUCGUUUAGAAAAUGUUAGUAAAUUGUAAUUUCUUUUAAAUCGUGAAAAUCUUAAUGGAUUUGUUUCAUAGCAGUAUUUCACAUACACAAUACUUACUGAAUUUCUCGUGAAGUUUAGCUUUUCCCCCUCGUAACCCGUUAUACUGUCUACAGUAAUCGAGUUUUAGUUAGGGAUUAUAUCGCAAUUAAAUACCCAAAUAAUGUUUUUGCUGAUUUACAAAAUAGACGUAUAUUUUAAAAUGAAAGGAGGCAUGCAUUUGGUUUGAGGAAUGUACAGGAUCGGCAUUUUCAAUUUCUUCAAAAAUUUUCACCAAACACAAUUAUGUUCGGAUUCGUACUACCCUUGAGCGCUUAAUGAUCUCAUAUAAGGCCACACCAAUUAAAUUUCUUGUUCUUCGGACCCCUCCCCCCC